GUACGUGCUGGAAUUUCAAUGGUUCCUUAUUUGUCUGUUGGUUUUUUGUUUAUGGUGGCUUGCUCAGUAUUUUUUGUAUUAAAUCGUGCCAUUUAUAUGCAUCAAAAUAGUCCUCCAAAAAUAUUUUUGGCUAUAGCAAUUUGUUUUUUGCCUUUUAUGUCUUGUGCCACAGCACUCGGUUUAAUGUUUAUUUGUGGAUUGAGAUUUGCUUCAAUUUUGUGUGUUAUCCCUUUUUUAGUUCUUUCAAUAGGCGUUGAUUCUUCUUAUUUAAUGAAUCAUGAAUGGCAAAGUGUUAUUAAACAUUGCCGUGAACAACCAAAUAGAAAAAAUUUAAAUGUUGGUUAUCGAGUAUCUCAAGUUCUCUCAGAAGUUGGGCCAGCUAUAUUAAUUUCAAUGUUAACCAAUGUGUUUGCUGAUGGAAUAGGUGCCAUUACAUCCUCCCCAGAAAUAACACUUUUAUGUGUUGGAAAUUUAAUUUCGAUGAUUAUUGCUUUUAUUUAUCAAAUGACUUGUUAUGCUGGUUUAAUGUCUCUUGUAGGUAGAUAUGAAAUUGCUUUAGAAAAACGCGAAAGAAGGGAAAUACAAGAAAGUAUAAGGAAAGCAAUUUCUAAUGGUUCUUCUCAAAUUGGAAUUAAUAAUAAUAUUAAUAAUGGCGAAUUAGGCUACGGAAAACAUCAAUCUUUAAAUAGACAACAAAGCAAAUUUCACGAACAUACAAAACAUUAUAUUAGCAAAACAAUAACUUUUUACAUAAAAGUAAUAUCAAAGCGUGUAGUUGCUUUGUUUGUUAUUUUUAUUUAUUUUGUUUAUAUUGGCUUCUCAAUUUGGGGAAUAACUAGAAUGAAUAUAAAUUUAACUACACAAAAAUUAUUUGCAGAAGAUUCUCCUUUAUUACAAUUGGAUAAAUUACGUGUUAAAUAUCAAGUACCUCAUUUUAUGAUGGCCACAGUUUUUAUUUGUGCACCAAAAAAUUUAAGCAAUCCUGAGCGGCUUGAAAAAAUGAAUAAUUUUGUUAGAGAAAUGGAACAACUAAAUGGAACUUGGGGCCGUUCUUGGGGAACUAUUGGCACUCAAUACUUUGUUAGAGAUUUUAUUACUUUCGAGAAAAAUUUUGGAGGCAGGCAAAAAUUUUAA